CACGGCUCUUGCUGUCUGUGCGAUGAAGAGAAGGAGGGAUGGGAGAAGAGAUCUGAGGAAAAGAUAGAGACAGCAGAGAACACAAAGUGAGUGGCAAUCCUGAUGAUCACAGUACAGAAGAGUGCAACAGCACCCUUGUUGGGAAUCACUGACCUGGAUGAUGCCAUUACAUUCCAAACCAUGCUGAACCAGUUCACUCAUGGAUCGGCAUUCCAUGGACACAACGGACUCCCCUGAUGUCCCUGGCGAGUGCCGCCGAUCAACGCUGAUGCCAUUGAGCUGCAUGAAGCAGUAGGUCAAUCAAGAGGUGAGGAGUGGAAGGUCACAGACUGUAGGCGCUGAGGCUGGAAGGUUAAAGGAGAGGCAGUUGGGACACUGAAAGAACAUACAACACUUGGAAGGAAGAGGAGAGAACAAACAAGCAUCAAGGAGAGAGCAAAGAUGAUGACAUCACACGGAAAACUGAGGAGGGAGAAGGGGAGUUUGGCCGAGUAUGAAUCACAGAUGAAAGACUUGCGAGCUCAACUGACUGACCAGAUAAAAAUUUUGGACUCCCAGGUAGAGGUAAAACAGCAGCAGCUCUCUGACCUCUCUGAGUUCCUCCGUCGGCGUGGUGAUAUUGAGGCUGAAUACGCACGGGCUCUUGAUAAACUCACGGAGAGAUUUACGCACAAAACUAAAAAGAAGGAACAGUGGGGUCAGUCAGUGUGUCAAGUCUGGUCUGUCUUGCUGACUCAGACCCGUUUGGAAAGUCGUGAGCACUCAACGUUGGGCGACACCUGCUGCAAUGCACUAAUACAGCGGUUGGUGCACAGUACAGAGGACACGCACCGGCUACACAAACGGAGCAAAGAGGUUGGAAUUCAAAUGCAGGAUGAACUGCAUAAGGUAACCACUGAGCUGCAGACGGCUUUGAAGACAUACAACCAGUACCACACUGACUGUCUGAUAGCUGAGGGCAAAUUGAAGGAGGCUGAGCGUUUGGAAGAGAGACAUACUGGCAAAUCUGCUGAGCUUGGCCUCAGCCAAUCAGGAGGGCAGAGGCGGAGCUCCGUCAAGAAAAUGGAGAGAUUAAUGGAGAAGAGACAUGGCCGAGUCCAGGAGACCCAACUCAAGUGUACUAAGGCCCGAAAUGACUACCUGCUCAAUCUUGCCGCAGCCAAUGCAGCGAUGAACAAGUACUACCUGCAGGAUGUCAGCACUCUCAUUGAUUGUUGCGACCUGGGUUUCCAUCUUUCUGUAGAGAGGGUAAUGAAGUGCUACCUGACUAGUAGGUGGCGCAUCCAAAAGACAGAGGAGGCUGGGCUGAAGCAACUGGAGGCCGCUGUAACAUCACUAGACCAGAGUGGAGACAGAGAUGCACUGCUUCAGCAGCAUGACUCUGCUUUCUGCCUUCCGUUUAGAUUUAACUACCACCCACACGAAGGCGACCAGGUCUGUGAGGUGAGUGCAGAGAGUCAGGUACGAUACGAGAUGGAGACCAGAUUCCAACAGCUUCAGUCUCGACUAGCUGCUGUCACAUUGGAAACAGAAGAGGUAAGCAAAACGCUCAAAGCGACACUCACAGCCCUGCUGGACUCUAUGUGUGACACCGACUGCAACCCCACUGCUGAGGUUCCCAGCAGCUUGUUACAUGAGCCCCCCGGAGGAGGCUCUGCCCCAAAACUAACCCUCGCCAAGCGUCGAGCCAAUCAGCAGGAAACAGAAACGUACUAUUUUACAAAAGUAAAGGAAUUUCUUACCAGUAGCUCUCUGACUUUCAAACUUCAAGCCAAACAUGAUCUACUACAAGAGGCCAUACAGAAAGCUGAGGCUGUCAACACAGACCCCUCCAGAGCUCAGUGUUCUCGCUCGGUGCGAGUUUGGAAGUCCAGACCCGUUUCCCAAUUUUGCCACACGCUGUUCAGCACAGAUAUUCUGUCAUACAUACAGAGCUCCGGCCAGCAGAUCCCUGUGGUGGUUGAAAGCUGCAUCCGCUUCAUAAACCUUCACGGUCUACACCAUGAAGGAAUAUUCAGAGUUCCUGGGUCACAAAGAGAAGUUAAUCUAAUCAAGGAUGCAUUUGAAAGAGGAGAAGACCCUCUGUCGGAUAGUGAGUGUGACCUGGACUCGGUGGCCGGGGUGUUGAAGCUUUACUUUAGGGGCCUUGAGCCUCCCCUCUUCCCCUAUGAUAGCUACUCUCAGCUGCUGGAGUGUGUCCAAAUCGAAUGUAUGGCAGAGAAAGUAUUGCAGAUUAAAGGAAUCGUCUCAUCCUUCCCACGACCUCUCGUCAUCGUAAUGCGAUACCUGUUCGCAUUCCUCAAUCACGUGACUCAGUACAGUGAUGAGAACAUGAUGCAGCCCUACAAUCUUGCCGUCUGCUUUGGCCCAAGCCUGCUGAGGGGGGUCGAUUCGGAUGAUGCUGUUGCUCAGCAGCCACAGGUCAAUGACCUUGUCAAAACCAUGAUUCUCCAGCAUGAUGUCAUAUUCCCCGGCCAAUCAGAAUUGCCAGGCCCCAUCUACGAGAAGCACAUGACUCUUGAGCAAGAAUAUUGUGAACCAAUCACAGAGGAGGGAGAUGGAGAGCCUGAACAUCUACCCAGUGAGGACGAGUGGGAAGCUGUGGCAAUGUUCGACUACGCUGCAAGAUCUCCAGCUGAGCUGUCAUUCAAGCAGGGAGAGCUUCUUAUUCUUCACAGCAAGGCCUCCUCUGAUUGGUGGAGGGGUGAAGCUGGAGGGGUCAAAGGUCUCAUCCCACACAAGUAUAUCAGUGUCUUAGAAGGGUCAGAUAGAGGGAAACGGGAUGAAGGAGGAGGAGGAGGAGGAGGAGGAGGUGGCAGCACUGGAAAUCUGACAGCAGAUGAUCCUCAUACAGAAAACACUGUUCGAAUGCGGGUGAACAGUGAUGGUGCUUCGUUGCCUGGGCGACAACGAGGAAGUGAUGGAAGCCCUGGUCGAAAAGCACCAACCUCCCCAGCGGCACGCCACUUGCCGGUGUCUCAGGAGCGAAGACACACGCUGGACACUGUGAGACAGGCAGGGUUCAAACCUGCUGACAGACCUGCAUUUGUUCAGGGAGACAGAACAACGGUUGACAAGGAGAUUAUCAGUCGCCAGAUGAACUCCGUGUUCAAGGAACUCCUUUCUCGACAGCCGCCCAUGCAACCACCAACCCUUGUGGCUGCAGCACCCCCUGUGCCUCCUUCUUCUUCCUCUUCCGCCUCCACCACCCCCUCUUCCUCUACCCUCCCUCAAGUUGCCCCUGCUGCCAAAAAAGUGGGCUUUGGAAUUCGAGGACGGGCCCUUUUCCGGCCAGUGGACUAACAUACCUUAAACAUGGUAGAGGACUGAAAGUUUAGAUUUAAAGCUUGAGGAUUUGUAAGCUGCCAUGCAUUCUUGGAAAAAUCUUGAUUUAUUUUUAGGAUAUCCGUAUGUAUAUAUUUACGUCUGUGCCAUCUCAUAGUGCCACAUGGUGCUGUAUUGCAGUCAGUCUUGUGUGUUUUUUCAAAUCGUUUUGGUGUCCAUUUUUCCCCCCCAAAAGAUGUGCUUUUGGGCUUCUGUUUUGGAGAAUCAGCAAGGGAUGUGUUCUGUCUAAAAUGAAGAGUAUUAGGUCCAGACUUAAAAAAAAAUACUAUUACAGCAACAAGCUUCAAAUGUUAAGGGGGAAAAUGAACACGGCAUGAGUACUGUUUACUCGCAAUUAUUGCGAUACUGAGCUUAACUAGUAAUAUUACAAAUAUAGAAAACCUAAUUUAUUUUAAAAUUUAAACUCUUUUGUUGGAUAAAUGCUUUAUUCAUAGUUCGUUCUCGCAAUAUUUUUUAAUGCAACUUAUGCUUGAAAUAUUAUUUCUUUCCUCCAGCAACUUUAUUCUUUUAAAUCUAUGAACUUAGUCAUGCAGCACUAUUUUUCUCCCCCUUUUAAAUAUGGCCCUAAUACUCCUCUAUAGCGCUGGUUUCAGACCGAGAACUCCUUUUGUCGAUAUUUGGUUAAUUUCAAAUUUGGUCACAAAUCAAUGCUACUCUGCAGUCCCCACAAAGGUCUGUUAUUUAUUUAAUAAUAUUUUGUUUGACAAUUUACCAAUUACAUUUUUUUGUUUUUUUUCCCCCUCUAUUUUCGACGAUGCAGUUUAAAAGGCUUUGCAAGCAUGUUUCUUUUUGCAGUGAUGAUUUUGAAGAUGCAGUACUAGGACACAUCGGCGUGCCAGCAACAAUUAUAAGUGAUAUGACAUAUGUGUUGACGUGCUUAAUGUUAGCAAAAGACUGUCCUCUCGUAGCAGGUUUUGGAUGGGAAAAACAAACAUUUUUGGAGGAGGAAAAAGGACAGCCAAUCUGAGGCUUAUGUCAAAGAGUGCCUCGUGAUAUUUUUGACUUUUUUUUUAAAUUUUAUUUUAUUUUUUAAUUUCAACUCUUCAUAAGAGCUAUGUGACAUGAAAAAGAUGUUUGCAUUGACAUUGCUGUGCGCAGUUGUGUCAAACUAUGAAAUAGCAUGCAGUGAUUUGACAAACUCGUGAUGAAAAAAAAACAUUCCCUUUCAUAUGUGAUACUCGGCCGACAAGGCAAAACUCAGGGCUAUGCAGAGUUGAGGUGGGCCGGCUCAGGUUUGCCUUUGAAAGAUUUAAGUGGCUUUUUACUUCCUUCAAGAGCCAAAAAUGCCCUCAUGUCAGGAGAGAACUCGUGAUUUCUUCUGUCUUUAACUGUGAAUAUGGCAACAAAGUUUGGGAAACUCACUCCUACAAAACUACACUCACACACACAUACACACUAAAAACAGAAUAACUGAGGCAUCUGCAAAAUACGAUCAAACGGUGUAUGCUGUUUUCCACUUUGAUCCCAAAUACUAGAGAUUAUUUGACAUGUAUCAUAUCCCUCAUCUGUUAAGUUUACAAACAUAAAUGUAAUAGUUUACUUGUUCUACAAAAUGAAAGCAAUUUGUUUUCUGAUAUCACCGUUUGAUCAUGUCACUAGAUUUUAAGUGUAAAAUUAACAGUAUAUGUGUGGAGAAAGUAUUGACAAUAAAAGAUGGAGUGAUGAUUUUUAACAUGUUUUGUCUAUUUGAUAAUU